UGGGACUCGGUGAGAGGCAGACAGUCGGACUCACUGCAGUAGAAGCUCGGGGACAGACAUGGACAGCCACGCACGCUCCUGUCGUCUUAUCCAGUAACCAUGUUGUUAUCGACGUGUGUGGAGGUUUUUCAAUGAAGCACAACAACGCUGUUGUUGUGUGAGCGCGAAGAAGGAGAAGAAACAGAGGGAGAAGAAGAGGGAGAGGAGGCCUCUGACUGGGCUGAUGGCUCCAGAGUGACAUGCCAUGGCUUUAAUGAUCCCGCUGGUGAAGCUCAAAUGGCUGGAGCACCUCAACAGCUCAUGGAUCACAGAGGACAGCGAGUCCAUAGCCACACGGGAGGGUGUGUCAGUGAUCUACUCCAAGCUGUUGGCUAACAAAGAGGCGGUGCUGCUGCCACAGCAAGUGCUCUGCCUGAAAGGCCCCCAACUGCCAGACUUCGAGCGCGAGUCCCUCUCCAGCGAUGAGCAAGAACACUACCUGGACGCUCUUCUCAGCAGCCAGCUGGCUCUGGCUAAAAUGGUUUGUUCCGACUCUCCUUUUGCAGCUGCCCUGCGCAAGCGUGUGCUGGUGCUCCAGCGAAUCUUCUAUGCAUUGUCCAACAAGUACCACGACAAAGGGAAGGUCCGGCAGCAGCAGCACUCUCCAGAGAGUAACUCCGGUUCAGCGGAUGUCCACUCUGUUAGCGAGCGGCCCCGCUCUAGCACUGAUGCCCUCAUUGAGAUGGGCGUCCGCACGGGCCUCAGCCUUCUUUUUGCUCUGCUACGCCAAAGCUGGAUGAUGCCUCCUCCGCCUACUUCUGGGGGUGGUCCUGGUGGCAACAUAAACUUGUGCAAUGAUGUCAUUCACACAGCGAUUGACGUAGUUAGCUCUUUGCCACCUCUCUCUCUGGCCAAUGAGAGCAAGAUCCCACCAAUGGGCCUUGACUGUCUGACCCAGGUCACCACUUUUCUUAAGGGGGUGACCAUGCCAAACUCUGGAGCGGAUAUUUUAGGGCGACGCCUUGCCUCAGAGCUGUUGCUAGGCUUGGCAUCUCAGAGGGGUUCUCUGCGCUACCUGCUGGAGUGGAUCGAGAUGGCUCUGGCUGCAGCGGCGGCCGUCACCACUAUGGAACAGAGUAAGGUUCUCCCGAACCAAGAGGGCCUCAUCGGCUAUGAUUGUUUCAUGAACAUCCUUAUGCAGAUGAGACGCUCCUUGGGUUCCUCGGCAGAUCGCAGUCAGUGGAGAGAACCCACACGGACCUGUGAUGGCCUGUGCUCCUUGUAUGAAGCAGCGCUGUGUCUUUUUGAAGAGGUAUGCCGAAUGGCAUCAGACUACUCUCGCACCUGCGUCAGUCCGGACACCAUACAGACCGGUGAGACACCCAUGGUGUCAGAGACCUGCGAGGUUUAUGUGUGGGGCAGCAACAGCAGCCACCAGCUAGUGGAGGGGACUCAGGAGAAGAUCCUGCAGCCCAAAGUGGCCUCCAGCUUUGCUGAUGCACAAACGAUUGAGGCAGGGCAGUACUGCACCUUCGUAAUCUCCUCUGAUGGCUCUGUGCGGGCCUGCGGAAAGGGAAGUUAUGGCCGCUUGGGCCUGGGGGACUCUAACAACCAAUCAACACUCAAGAAGCUGACAUUUGAACCUCAUCGUGCCAUCAAGAAGGUGUCAUCCUCUAAGGGUUCAGAUGGCCACACACUGGCUUUCACCACGGAGGGUGAGGUGUUCAGCUGGGGAGAUGGGGAUUAUGGAAAACUGGGCCACGGGAACAGCUCCACACAGAAAUACCCAAAACUCAUCCAGGGUCCUCUACAAGGAAAGGUGGUGGUGUGUGUGUCUGCUGGCUAUAGACACAGUGCUGCAGUCAGUGAGGAUGGAGAACUGUACACAUGGGGUGAAGGAGACUUUGGAAGAUUAGGCCACGGUGACAGCAACAGCCGAAACAUUCCUACUCUGGUUAAAGACAUCAGCAACGUUGGAGAGGUGUCAUGUGGGAGCUCCCACACGAUCGCUCUGUCUAAGGAUGGACGCACAGUUUGGUCCUUUGGCGGAGGUGAUAACGGAAAACUUGGCCACGGUGAUACCAACCGGGUGUACAAACCCAAAGUGGUGGAGGCCCUGCAGGGGAUGUUCAUCAGAAAAGUUUGUGCAGGAAGCCAGUCAUCAUUAGCCUUAACCUCUACUGGACAGGUGUAUGCUUGGGGUUGUGGUGCUUGCCUCGGUUGUGGUUCAUCUGAGGCCACAGCGCUCAGGCCCAAACUAAUCGAGGAGCUGGCUACCACCAGGGUGGUAGACAUCUCCAUUGGAGACAGUCACUGCCUGGCGCUUUCACACGAUAACGAAGUGUACGCAUGGGGCAACAACUCCAUGGGCCAGUGCGGUCAGGGAAACUCCACAGGGCCAAUCACGAAGCCCAAGAAAGUUGUAGGUCUGGACGGGGUUGCCAUUCAGCAGAUUUCAGCCGGCACGUCCCACAGUCUGGCCUGGACCGCGCUACCACGAGACAGGCAAGUGGUGGCUUGGCACAGGCCUUACUGCGUGGACCUGGAGGAAAGUACCUUCUCCCACUUGCGCUCCUUUCUCGAACGCUACUGUGAUGGCAUCAACAGUGAGGUUCCUCCUCUGCCGUUCCCCUCGUCAAGGGAACAUCACAGCUUCCUCAAGCUGUGUCUUCGGCUUUUGUCCAACCAUCUUGCUCUGGCUCUGGCCGGAGGCGUGGCCACCAGUAUCUUGGGUCGGCAGGCCAGGCCCCUGAGGAACCUGCUGUUUCGACUGAUGGACUCCUCUGUGCCAGACGAGAUCCAGGAGGCUGUGAUUGAAACUUUGUCUGUGGGAGCAACGAUGCUGCUGCCUCCGCUGAGGGAGAGGAUGGAGCUUCUUCACUCACUGCUGCCUCAAGGACCUGACAGAUGGGAGAGUCUGUCCAAAGGACAGAGGAUGCAGCUUGACAUCAUCCUGACCAGCCUCCAGGACCACACCCACGUGGCCUCGCUGUUGGGUUACAGCUCUCCGACUGAUGGCCCCGAGGUGACUUCUUCUGCUCACGGGUUUACAGCGUCCCCAGACCCCACGUUCAGUAUGGCGGCCUGCCACCCUGACACCCACCUGGCUGAGAUCCUCAUGAAGACCCUGCUGAGGAACCUUGGCUUUUACACUGAUCAAGCUUUUGGUGAGCUGGAGAAGAACAGCGACAAGCUGCAGCAGGGGACGUCGUCCUCCGACAGCAGCCAGCCGGCUCACAUCCACCAGCUCCUGUGCUCCCUGCAGAAGCAGCUACUCGCAUACUGUCACAUCAACGCUGCCGCUGAGAACUCCAGCAGUGUGGCUCUGCUCCACAAGCACCUGCAGCUGCUGUUGCCUCACGCCACGGACAUCUUCUCCCGCUCGGCCUCCCUGAUUAGAGAGAGCUCCUGGAACGGCAGCAUACGAGAGAAGCUGCAAGAUGUGAUCUACGUGUCGGCGGCAGGAAGUAUGUUGUGCCAGAUCAUCAACUCCUUGCUACUGCUUCCUGUGUCGGUGGCCAGGCCCCUACUGAGCCACCUGUUGGACCUGCUGCCCCCUUUGGACCGUCUCAACAGGCUUCUGCCUGCUGCCUCCCCUCUGGAGGACCAGGAGCUUCAGUGGCCUCUUCACGGUACCUCAGACUUUGCUGAACCAGCCUCAGGAAUGCUCCUCCCACAGCCUGUGCUCUCCUGGGUGUGGCUUGUGGACCUGGAGAGGACGAUUGCUCUGUUGCUGGGCCGUUGCCUAGGGGGCAUGUUACAGGGAGCCCCGACGUCCUUGGAGGAACAGGAUACCGCUUACUGGCUUAAAACGCCCCUCUUCAGCAACGGCUUGGAGAUGGACAUCCCCCAGCUAGAUACUUGCAUUAGCUCUCUGCUGGAGGCAGCGCUGUCUGGAAACGAGGAACAAAAGCCCUUUGAGUACACGCUGCAUCCUGACUUGAGCCUCCUGGUGGAUCUGGCUUUGGGCUCCUCUAAAGAACCUGCCAGCAGCCUCUGGAUCAGCAUGCAGGACUACGUCAUCGGCAAAGACUGGGACAACGCAUCUCUCAGUAACGAGUCCCUGUUAGACACCGUGUCUCGGUUUGUGUUCGCGGCCUUAUUGAAGCACACGUGUCUGCUGGGCCAAGCCUGUGGAGAGGGGAGGUACCAGCCAUCUAAAUGUCUGGCAGAGGUUUAUCGCAGUGUUUAUAAAGUACGAAACCGGCUGCUGGCCUGUAAGAAUAUGGAUUUCAUUCAGACCCGAUCUUCUUCACGGGAACGGAGGAUUUCAGACAAUCAGGACUCUCUGGACAUGGACCCUCAGGAACAUUCUUUCACACGUACCAUCGACGAGGAGGCGGAGCUUGAGGAGCGAGCUGACCGUGAGAGAGAAGAGGGCCACCAGGACCAAGACGAGGAGGAGGAGGACCGAGAACAUGAAGUGAUGACCGCUGGGAAAAUCUUUCAAUGUUUCCUCUCAGCGCGAGAUGUCGCUCGCAGUCGGGACAGGGAGCGGGCCAGCAGCGGCACGGUUCUGGGCUCCGGCUCGGUCUCCAGGAGCGGAGGAGGUGGCGAGGAGGAAGGCGUCCUGUCUCAGCAGGGCAGGAGGGGCAGCACGGGUCUGCCGGAGGGCCAGGAUCUGUACACAGCGGCCUGUAACUCAGUGAUCCACCACUGUGCCUUACUGAUACUGGGAGUGAGCCCCGUGCUGGGUGAGUUGACCAAGCAGGACCAGGACCAGGACGAGGGCCAGACCCACUCAGCUUCAGGAACACAGGAGUGUCUGACCUUCAUGACCAGGAGUGAGAGUCUGAGUGCAGAGAACCGCUCGAUGCAGAGCAGCCCCAGCUACAGACUGAUGAAGUCCAGGAGUGACUUGGACCUCUCCCAGCCCGAGUCGGAUGAAGAGGGCUACACGCUGAGCAGCAGGAGAAAUGUUGACCUGGACCUGAUGUUUUCUCACAGAAGAGGCCUCCUGCACUGUUCCCCGGACUCACUGGCUGAGUCCUGGUUCCGGGCCAAACUGAGUCGUCAGCGCCACAGGUACAGUUGGACUCACUCUUACGAAGACUCUGACCUGGACCUGAGCCGCUCCCUGGGCAUCCACGCGCUCAUUGACAACACGGUCAGCUUUAUCAGCAGAGAUGUCGGCCUGACUCCAGCCUUCAAGGAGCCAGAAGAGAACAUGUCCACCAACCCACAGGCCAUGAUCCUGGCUAUGGAACAGCAGCAGAGCAGGGCAGAGCUGCGACUAGAAGCUCUCCAUCAGAUUGUGGUGCUGAUCUCUGGCAUGGAGGAGAAGGGCAGCCAGUCCGGGAACGCUGAUCGAUCCGGCAGUGCCUUCCAGUCCUCGUCCUUACUCACCUCGGUCAGGUUGCAGUUCCUGGCCGGUUGUUUCGGCCUCGGCACAGUCGGUGCUGGAGGGCUCAAGAGAGACAGCGUGCAGCUGCACCACUACCAAGAUGGCGUAAACGCUGCUAAGAGGAAUAUCCAGAUGGAAAUUCAGACAGCUGUCCAUAAGAUCUACCAGCAGCUGUCUGUUACACUCGAGAGCGCGCUGCAGGCCAACAAGCACCACAUCGAAGCGCAGCAGCGCCUCCUUCUGGUGACUGUGUUUGCACUGAGCGUGCGCUACCAGCCAGUGGAUGUCUCGCUGGCUAUCUCCAGCGGUUUGCUCAAUGUGCUGUCUCAGCUGUGUGGCACAGAGACCAUGCUGGGGCAGCCCCUCCAGCUGCUGCAGAAACCUGGAGUCUCCCAGCUCAGUACUGCACUGAAGGUCGCCUCCACGCGGCUGCUGCAGAUACUGGCCAUCAGCACCGGGACCUACGCAGACAAGCUCAGUCCCAAGGUUGUCCAGUCUCUGUUGGACCUCCUCUGCAGUCAGCUGAAGAACCUGCUUUCUCAGGCAGGAGUAAGCCUUCUGUCCUCUGGAGAAGACAAGGAAGACGACAAGCUCCAAGACCACGCUGACUCUGAAAAGAAAGACUUCAGAGCUUUGCUUCGCAAGCAACACACAGCGGAGUUGCACCUUGGAGACUUUCUCGUCUUCUUAAGAAGAGUGGUGUCCUCCAAGGCGAUCCAGUCCAAGAUGGCCUCCCCCAAAUGGACUGAAGUGCUGCUGAACAUCGCGGCACAGAAGUGCUGCUCAGGCGUCCCUCUGGUGGGGAACUUGAGAACUCGGCUUCUUGCUCUGCACGUUCUGGAGGCUGUGUUGCCUUCCUGUGAGGCCAAUAUGGACGAUGACCAACUGUCACAGGUGGUGGAGCGCCUGUUCUCCCUGUUGUCCGACUGCAUGUGGGAAGCUCCGAUUGCUCAAGCUAAGCACUCGAGCCAGAUGAAAGAAAGGAUGCAGGAACUCAAACUCCAGGGCGAGACAGAGGAGGAGGAUGAAAACCUUCCCAUCCAAGAAGUGUCUUUUGACCCUGAGAAGGUUCAAUGUUGUGUGGUGGAAAAUGGCCAGGGUCUGACCCACGGCAGUGGGGGUAAAGGCUACGGCCUGGCCUCCACUGGUAUCUCCUCUGGAUGCUACCAAUGGAAGUUUUACAUCAUCAAGGAGAACCGGGGCAACGAGGGCACGUGUGUGGGUGUUUCCCGAUGGCCCGUACACGACUUCAACCACCGCACCACUUCGGACAUGUGGCUGUACCGAGCGUACAGCGGCAACCUCUAUCACAACGGGGAGCAAACGCUGACGCUGAGCAGCUUUACUCAGGGAGACUUCAUCACCUGUGUCCUCGACAUGGAGGCCAGGACCAUCUCCUUCGGCCGCAACGGAGAAGAGCCCAAACUGGCCUUCGAGGACGUGGAUGCCACAGAGCUCUACCCCUCUGUGAUGUUCUACAGCAGCAACCCAGGAGAGAAGGUUAAAAUCUGUGACAUGCAGAUGCGUGGCACGCCCCGAGACCUGUUACCCGGUGAUCCAGUAUGCAGCCCCAUGGCCACAGUCCUGGCUGAGGCCACCACGCACCUUAUUCGAAUCUUGCAUCGCACUGACCGCUGGACCCACCGCAUUAACAAGACCAUGAUCGAACGACUCCACAAGAUCAAGCCUUGCUUCAGAGAGUCGGCCAGUGGGUCUGGCAGCAGCGGAGGCCAGAGGCUGAAAAAGAGUCGUUCGGUACAGAGCCGAGAGGAGCACGAUACACAGAGAGAGAGCCAAGACACGCCCACAAGGACAGAGGAAGAGCGAGGUCGCCACGGACGGCAGCACGGUUUGGGAGAGCUGUCUGAGCACCACCUGAGAACUCUGUGCACAGAGGUGUGGCCGGUUCUGGCGGUGAUUGGUGGAGUGGACACAGGCCUCCGGGUUGGCGGGCAAUGUGUGCACAAGCAGACUGGGCGGCACGCUACUUUACUUGGCAUCUUGAAGGAAGGGAGCACCUCAGCCAAAGUGCAGUGGGACGAGGCUGAAAUUACCAUCAGCUUCCCAACUUUCUGGUCACCUAGUGACACGCCGCUAUACAACUUGGAGCCAUGUGAGCCGCUAUCCUUCGAUGUGACUCGUUUCCGGGGCCUCACCGCCUCGCUGCUGUUGGAUCUCACCUACCUUACCAGCAUCCACGAGGAGACCGCUGCUAAGCUCAGCGCACGGCGCCAUGACAAGAAGCAUCGCAACGCGGUCUCCGCUGGACACGAACCAGGCUGUAACGACAAAGCAGACAAUGAGGGGCACCAGCGAAAUGAGCAGAAAGAUCACAGUGGAGGAAACCCAAAUGCUCCGACCUCUGACCUCCGUGUGUCCCACAGCCUGGAUGAGGUCAAAGCACAUGUGGCGCCCAACUCCAAGUCUGAGAGCGAGAUCUCACUUGUGGUCAGCGGUGGCAUGGGAGGAAAUGAUGUGUUCACUCCAGCUCCUCACAACCCAGCUGAAGGGAACAAGAAGAAGAGCCACGACCACAGCUCCCACAGCCACGAACCAUCAACCUCUUCCUGUGCCAGCCAGUCAGAGAUCCACGCCGUGCAGCUGUCUUAUCUCUACCUGGGAGCCAUGAAGUCUCUCAGCUGUCUGCUCAGCUGCAGCAAGUACGCUGAGCUGCUCCUCAUACCGAAGGUGUUACCAGAACCAGUAUCCAGCGGGCACAAUGCUGAUCUGAACACUGGCAGUGGCAGCACCUCUGCUGCCUCGCCGGUAUGUCAAGAGGAAGUGGAAAUGAGGGCGGCUCUGCAGUUCCUCAUGCGUCACAUGGUGAAACGGGCAGUGAUGCGCUCCCCUAUCAAGCGGGCCUUAGGGUUGGCAGACCUGGAAAGGGCACAGGCCAUGAUCUACAAGCUAGUUGUCAAUGGGCUGCUGGACGAGCCCAGUGUGGGAAAGGUCAGGUCAGGAAUGAAAAGUGAACCAGAGGGUGAGGGGGAAGGUGCAGAAGGAGAGCAGCUUGCACAGACCCCCGUCACCACCAGCCCUUCAGCUUCCAGCACCACCUCCUUCAUGAGCUCCUCCCUGGAGGACACCACCACCGCUACCACACCUGUCACAGAUACAGAGACUGUCCCGGCCUCCGAGUCUCCAGGGGUCAUGCCUCUUAGUCUCCUCAGACAAAUGUUCUCCAGCUAUCCAACCACCGCACUUGUUCCGACACGGCGAGCCCAGACCCCUCCCGUGUCCUCUUUGCCCACGUCUCCCUCAGACGAGGUUGGCCGUAGACAGAGUCUCACCUCCCCGGACUCUCAGCCCAACAGGCCACAAAACCGAACAGCUCUGUCCGACCCCAGCAGCAGGCUGUCCACGUCUCCUCCUCCGCCUGCCAUCGCUGUGCCUCUGCUGGAGAUGGGCUUCUCCUUGCGACAGAUCACUAAAGCUCUGGAAGCCACUGGUGCUCGAGGAGAGGCGGACGCCCAGAACAUCACUGUGCUGGCCAUGUGGAUGAUUGAACAUCCGGGCACAGAGGAUGAGCAAGACAGCUCUCACAGCAGAGAUGGGCCAGAUUCUUCCUGUACGGGUGCUUCAGGGGGAGGAGGAAAAUCUCAGGAUCGGAGCUCGUAUCUGUGUUCUUCUCGAGACAUAGCCAAUGCAGAUACUUCCGAAAUGGAAGAGGGCUUCAGUGAGAGUCCCGAGGGUCUGGAACAGGACAGCGCUUCAGCCUCAAACGGAACGCCGCUCAGAGGUCGCUCUGCUGUUGGAAGGAAGCACCGCUUUGAUAUGGCUGCACGCACACUCCUCGCCCGUGCUGCUGGUCUGUACCGCUCAGUUCAUGCUCAUCCCAGCCAGUCACGUCGGGAGGUCUCAUCCCUGCAGCAGCAGCAAGACCCAGGCACGCUUUAUGACUUCAACCUCGAUGAAGAGCUGGAGAUGGACCUGGACGAGGAAACCAUGGAAGCCAUGUUCGGCCAGGACCUUCCCAGUGACACUGACAUUCUGGGAAUGUGGAUCCCGGAGGUACUGGACUGGCCAACAUGGCAUGUAUGUGAGACAGAAGAUCGAGAUGAAGUGGUGGUGUGUGAGUUGUGCGAGGCCAAUGUAGCCAACUUCAAUCAGCACAUGAAGAAGAGCCACCCUGGUUGCGGACGCAGUGCCAACCGGCAAGGCUACCGCAGCAAUGGCUCCUAUGUAGACGGCUGGUUUGGAGGGGAAUGCGGCAGUGGAAACCCCUACUACCUGCUCUGUGGAGCCUGCCGAGAGAAGUACUUGGCUAUCAAAAGCAAGGCCAAAGUCCCCGUUGUGGAAAGAUAUAAAGGACAAGCUCCUGACCUCCUGGGAAAGCAGGACAGUGUCUGUGAAGAGGACUGGGAUAUGCUUGAUGUUGAUGAAGAUGAAAAGCUGACAGGGGAGGAGGAGUUUGAGCUUUUAGCCGGCCCUUUAGGUCUGAGUGAGUGCCGGCUUGUCCCCGAUGCUGUUCAGUUCCCUGACAGCGACCCACUUGGAGCCUCUGUAGCCAUGGUGACGGCCUCUAACAGUAUGGAGGAGACCCUACUUCAGAUAGGCUGUCAAACCUCUGUGGAUAAGAGUUCAUCAGGCAGGGUGACCCUUGGGGAGCAGGCGGCAGCCCUGCAGAACCCCCACGACCGGGUGAUGGCCCUGAGGAGAGUGACGGCUGCAGCUCAGGUGCUGUUGGCCAGGACCAUGGUGAUGAGAGCUCUCUCCCUGCUGUCUGUCAGCGGCUCCAGUUGCAGCCUUGCAGCAGGUUUGGAGUCUCUGGGUUUGACCGACAUCAGGACACUGGUCAGGCUGAUGUGCCUGGCAGCAGCAGGCCGAGCGGGUCUUUCCACCAGUCCUGCAGGGGGCUCCGGUCACGUCGAGAGGCCACGAGGAGCCGCCAAAGCCAGCAAACCCAUCUCCUGCCUGGCUUACCUCAGCACGGCCGUGGGCUGCUUGGCCUCCAACAGCCCCGGUGCUGCCAAGCUGCUCAUGCAGCUCUGCACUCAGAAUCUGAUCUCUGCAGCUACAGGCCUGAACUUGACGACAGUGGACGACCCCAUGCAGAGGAAGUUCCUGCCCAGCUUUCUGCGUGGUGUGGCGGAGGAAAACAAACUCAUCACAUCGCCUAAUUUUGUGGUCACGCAGGCGCUGGUGGCCCUGCUGGCAGAUAAAGGAGCCCGGCUCAGGCCGGCUUAUGACCUGGCUGAUAUGGAGAAAAAGGGCCCUCUGGAGCUGGCCAAUGCUCUGGCGGCCUGCUGCUUGUCUUCCAGGCUUUCUUCACAACACCGCCAGUGGGCCGCCCAGCAGCUGGUCCGCACUUUGGCUGCCCACGGACGUGACAACAACCAAACACGGCCACAGACCUUUGCCGACAUGGCGGGGGACCUGCGGAAGUGUUCCUUCAUCAAGCUCGCUCACCAGAGCAGGGUGGGUUACUGUGUGUGGUGCACAAAGGGGCUGUUGGCUACUAAUGGCAAUGACGGAACCGUCAGGUGUGGAACCCUCACCAAGAGUCAGUACACCCUCCAGCAGACGUGUGUCUUCAACAAGAAUGACGGGUGUUCAGAGGAGGGCUUGACAAGCUUGGGGUCCCCAAGUGACUGUGCCUGUUCUCCUUUGGCCUGGAGUGUCACUGGGAAAUACUUGGCUUCAGCCAUGGAGAAAAUGGUCAACAUCUGGCAAGUUAAUGGGUCUGUUGGCCUGCAGCCUCAUUGGGUGUCAUCGCUGGCGUGGCCUGAAUCUGUAGGGCCGAGUCAUUGUGGUGAGAACCCAAAGGAACAUGCUGCUGGUGGGUGGCGAAUGGAUGGAACCCUGGGCCUCAUUAGGUGCGGGACGCCUCCCACUACGAUGCACCGCACCGAACUGGAGCAACUGUUACCGGCCGAAAGCACGGAGUCCAUCCACAGUGUGAAAUGGGGUCCAGGAGGUCAGAUGUUGCUUACUUGUGCCAAAGAGGAGAUGGUGAAGCUUUGGGCCGGGUCCCGACUCUCAUCUGACUCAGGCGCUGGAUCCGGUUGGCGCUGCCUGCAGACGAUCCGAAACCCUUCUGUGGUUAAUGGUGUGGCCUGGUGCAGCCUGCCUGGCCAUGGCUACAAAACCCUCAACAUGCUGGCCAUGUGCUGCCAAAACGGUCUGGUCUCAGUCUGGACUGUUCCGCAGGACGUCUCCAGCUUCCCAGGCUCCUGUUUCUCUGCCUCAGUGGCAUGGUGGGAAAACAAGGCCAAACCAAGAUUCAUGUCUUCACGCUGGUCAGAAGAUGGCGCCAUCUGCGUUUUCCUGCUGGAGGGUCACAUCACACCAUCAAAAACACUGGCCUUCAGUCCCGACGGACUGAGCCUGGCAUCUGGAGGAGUGGGAGGCCUCGUGAACAUCUGGUCCCUGCGGGACGGCUCAGUGCUCCAGACGGUGGUCGCCGGGUCCGGGGCAAUCCAGAACAUUGUUUGGAGCCCAGAUGUGGGUGUUGCAGUCUGCUCCAACAGGUCAAAGGACGUGCUGGUUGUUAACUGCUAAGAGUUCAUGGUGUCCAAUCAUGUGCUCGCCACCUGUCGAACUGCUCUGAAGAAGCAGGGCAUCGUGGGCCUCAACAUGGCGCCCUGCAUGAGGGCCUUCCUGGAGAGACUUCCCGUCAUGCUGCAGGAGCAGUACGCUUACGAGAAGCCCCACGUGGUGUGUGGGGAGCAGCUGGUGCACAGCCCCUACAUGCAGUGCCUGGCCUCCCUGGCUGUGGGUCUCCACCUGGACCAGCUGCUGUGUUGUCCCCUGGUGCCGCCUCACCUCCAGCACUGUCCACCAGAAUCUGGCUCCGCCGUGUGGAACGCUGCCGAGUGGGCCUGGCUGGACUGUUUCUCAACCACGGUCAAAGCGGCAGAGGCGUUGGCACGGGGCGCCACCUUCCCAGAAUCCUUUUCUGUUCCCGAUCUGGAGCCUGUGCCUAAAGAUGAAAUGACUCUGCUGAUGGACAACAGCAAAUGGAUGUCGGAUUUGGAUGAGCAGAUCAUGUCCUGGGCCAUCUCCAGACCAGAGGAUUGGCACCUCGGUGGGAAGUGUGACGUGUAUCUGUGGGGUGCUGGCAGACAUGGCCAGCUGGCAGAAGCUGGCAGGAACAUCCUGGUGCCAACCAACACGACGUCCUUUUCUCAAGCGCAGCAGGUGGUGUGCGGUCAGAACUGCAGCUUUGUGAUCCAGCCCAAUGGGACCGUGUUGGCCUGCGGCGAGGGAAGCUACGGCCGUCUGGGCCAGGGCAACUCUGACGACCUGCAUGUUCUCACAGUCAUCUCAGCUCUUCAAGGUUUUGUGGUGACUCAGCUGGUGACGUCCUGUGGCAGUGACGGCCACUCCAUGGCACUGACAGAGAGUGGCGAGGUGUUCAGCUGGGGGGAUGGUGACUACGGCAAGCUGGGCCACGGGAACAGCGACCGCCAGCGCAGACCGAGACAGAUUGAGGCACUGCAGGGCGAGGAGGUGGUUCAGAUGUCGUGCGGGUUCAAACAUUCCGCGGUGGUAACGGCUGACGGGACUUUCACCUUUGGCAAUGGUGAUUAUGGUAGACUGGGCCUGGGCAACACGUCCAACAAGAAGCUACCAGAGAAGGUGACAGCGCUGGAGGGCUACCAGGUCGGACAGGUGGCUUGUGGUUUGAACCACACUCUAGUUGUUUCUGCUGAUGGAGCGAUGGUGUGGGCUUUUGGGGAUGGAGACUACGGAAAACUGGGACUUGGAAAUUCCACGGCCAAGUCAUCCCCUCAGAAAGUGGACGUGCUUUGUGGGGUUGGCAUCAAAAAAGUGGCUUGUGGAACACAGUUCUCUGUGGCUCUCAGUAAAGACGGCAAAGUCUUCACGUUUGGACAAGAUCGGCUAAUCGGUUUGCCAGAAGCUCGAGCCAGGAACCACAACCGUCCCCAGCAGGUGCCGGUUCUGUCAGGGAUCCAUAUUCAGGAUAUCGCCGUCGGCGCUGAACACACUCUAGUUCUCUCGUCCUCGGGAGACGUCUACACCUGGGGCAGCAACUCUGAGGGCCAGCUGGGUCUGGGCCACACCAACCCUGUAAGAGAACCGAUGCUGGGGACGAUGCUGCAGGGCAAAAACAUCCACCAGAUAUCCGCUGGACGCUGCCAUAGCGCGGCCUGGACGGCUCCCUCUGUGCCUCCUCGAGCACCAGGUUCCUCUGUGCCGCUUCAGCUGGGUCUUCCUGUGGCUGUUCCGCCUCAGUACAGCGGACUGAGGAGAGGUGGCAUCGAGGCGGUGAGAGCUCGCCUGCGCCUCCUCUACCACUUCUCCGACCUCAUGUACUCCUCGUGGAGACUCCUCAACCUUAGCCCCAACAACCAAGUCAUAAACAAAUUUAAAGAAACCAGUCAGGGUCACCAUUUGGAAGGCUGUGAAAGCUCUGACUCCUCUUUGGAGCUGCCCCUCCAUUAUAAUGCCGGAACCUGGGGCAUUGUCCAGGGCCAAUUGAGGCCCCUCUUGGCCCCCAGGGUGUACACGUUACCCAUGGUGCGCUCCAUAGGCAAAACCAUGGUGCAGGGGAGGAACUAUGGCCCCCAGAUCACCGUCAAACGGAUCUCCACACGCGGACGGAAUUGCAAACCGAUCUUCGUGCAGAUUGCACGUCAGGUUGUGAAGCUGAACGCCUCGGACCUGCGGCUGCCCUCCAGGGCCUGGAAGGUCAAGCUGGUGGGGGAGGGAGCGGAUGAUGCAGGGGGCGUGUUUGAUGACACCAUCACAGAAAUGUGUCAGGAGUUGGAGACGGGUGUGGUAGACCUGCUCAUCCCCUCCCCCAACGCCACGGCAGAGGUCGGCUACAACAGAGACCGAUUUCUCCUCAACCCGUCUGCGUGUCUGGACGAACAUAUGCUCCAGUUUAAGUUUCUGGGCAUCCUGAUGGGCGUGGCCAUCCGCACCAAGAAGCCCCUGGACCUGCAUCUGGCGCCCCUGGUGUGGAAACAGCUGUGCUGCAUCCCGCUGCAGCUGGAGGACUUGGAGGAGGUGGACCUCCUCUACGUGCAGACGCUCAAAAGCAUUCUUCACAUUGAAGACAGUGGCAUCACAGAGGACAAUUUCCAUGAGAUGAUUCCUCUGGAUUCGUUUGUGGGUCAGAGCGCCGAUGGUAAAAUGGUGCCCAUCAUCCCAGGAGGAAACAGCAUCCCUCUGACCUUCUCCAACAGGAAGGAGUACGUGGAACGAGCCGUGGAGUAUCGUCUGCACGAACUCGACCGACAGGUGGCGGCGGUGCGUGAGGGCAUGUCAUGGAUCGUUCCCGUGCCGCUGCUGUCGCUGCUGACGGCCAAGCAGCUGGAGCAGAUGGUGUGCGGCAUGCCGGAGAUCUGCUGCGAUGUGCUGAAGAAGGUGGUUCGAUACCGUGAGGUGGAUGAGCAGCACUCGCUGGUGCAGUGGUUCUGGCAGACACUGGAGGAGUUCUCCAACGAGGAGCGAGUCCUCUUCAUGCGCUUUGUCUCGGGCCGUUCCCGGCUGCCCGCCAACACGGCUGACAUCUCUCAGAGGUUUCAGAUCAUGAAGGUGGACAGGCCGUACGACAGCCUGCCCACGUCACAGACGUGUUUCUUUCAGCUGCGCCUGCCGCCGUACUCCAGUCAGGCCGUCAUGGCGGAGAGGCUGCGAUACGCCAUCAACAACUGCCGCUCCAUCGACAUGGACAACUACAUGCUGUCCCGGAACGUGGACACAGCUGAAGGUUCCGACACGGACUACUGACCCCGGACAGGAAACAGUUUUAUGAACUUUAAAGCGCCACAGAUUUGACAUUUGUAUUUUUCUUCCUUGUGGUUUAUUCCGUUUUUAAAGACAGCAAAUCUACAAAAAAAGCAUUAAGUUUUUUCUUUUUUUGCACAUCUCAUUUUUAAGGUUCUGCAUGGAUGUUUAUUUUGAAACGUGUACAGAAAAUUCAGGCAGCCAUGAAGAAAAAAACAGACUUGUAAAUUGUGUAAAAUGCCUGGAGGAAAAUGUUUUACUUUAUAUCCAUAUUUAUUUUAAUUUCUAAACUGCUGAGUUUCCCAAAGCAUCCAGAAAAGAAUAAAGGAAUAACUACCACAGGG